AUGAGGGACGCCUUCUACUGCAACGACGAGACGUACGAGACACAACCGAAAGCAGAACAACUCAAUCUCGGCGAGGCGAGCGCUGGCGGCACAAGCCCCCCAUUCCAUCGGCAGUACACCCGCCUGACUUCCUCCAUCCUCUUCGCCAUGCAGGGCUUCGGCUACUCGCAGUACCAGACGCACUCGCCGCACCACCAGCGCAGCGGCGAACUUCCCAAGCUCUACUACAAAUCCCUGGACCACGGCACCGAUAGCGGCGGCUUCAAUGGCCCGGCGUGCAUGAACUCCAGCAGCACGUAUCUUCUCCGAGAAGAUCAUGGCCGACGCAAGUACGACACGGCGGCCGACAGCAGCAGCACUCUGGGCGGCAGCAGCAGCGAUGACGACGAGCGCUCGAACCAACAGGAGCUCACAGCGCGAGGGUGCUCCGAGAGCCAAGGGCAGCUCAGCGAUCAAGAUACCGACUUCGACCGCUCCUCCUACUUUGUUCUCUCGGACCCUAACUACACCUACGAGGCUGUCCCGGCUUUCACGCCGGAUGUCAACCGAACAGCGUCAAACAACAAGAAAAUUCAUGGCAAGCCGAUGUCUGUAGGGGAGAUGUAUGCGCAGUUUCAGAAUGACGAAGACUCGACUCACAUCUACGCGUGGUUGCAAGCGUCCCUGAAAGCCUCGAAGCGUCGACAGCGCCUGUGCGAGUGGGAUAUUGAGCGCUUAGACGCUUUUCUCGAUUCCCAUGUUGAACACCAUAUCGCCAUGGAAGCAGAUGAAUCGUACGACGAGAAUGCUAUCCGGGAGCAUACCAAGGAGGGGUUUUUCAAAGAGCUCGAGUAUAAAGCUUGA